AACUUGUCUCAAGAAGUCAACCAUACAAAAGGAUUCAUUUGAGAGAUGCCAAGGAGUUGACCCGGAAUUUUCUAAUCGUUGGAAAAUGUAAUGCUAAUGCAUGUAUUCCAAAAUAAUUUCAUGUUAUGUUAUUACAAAGAAAAUAAAAAUCGUAUAACUUCCUUUUUCCACAACCCUUCUAUAAUUAACACGAUUACCAUAACUUUCUACUACUAACCUUCCCAUCCUAAUUCACAUUUUAAUAACCUUGCCUAGGUAAUGUAAAGUAUCAUUAAAUACUAAAAAUAUCACACAUAAAAUAUUGGUCCAAUGAGUCCACCUCACACAUAACACAACUUUUAUAAAUUCCAUUUUACAGCCGUAUAAAGUGCACAACGUUUCUCUUCAUCCUUCACAACUUUUCUCUCUCUCCCUCACAAGUUUCUUUCUUCUCCUUCAAAAUUUAAACUGGCCCUUCUCCAUUUUCGUUCACAAAACCUUGUUUUGUAUAACUUAUACUCAUAUCCUCAUCCUUUAUAAUCCUCUAGAUUGUGGUUCUAGACUCUUUACAAACAACGGUGGCGGAAAAAACGGCAGGACGUUCUAUCCACAAAUAUGGGGAAGAUCUUGAAAUCUAAGUCUUCUUGGCCAAGAACCGUCGUGAGGAAGUGGCUAAACCUUCGUAGCGGCUCUUACGAAUUUCACUCUGAUUAUCCAGUCAAAGGGAGGAUGGAACCGAGGCGAAAAAGCUGCUCCGACAUGAUCGUGCCGGAAGAUUUUCCAGGUUGGUUGGGCCAAGGAAAUGGGGAUUUAAAACAUUCAACCGGUGAACAACAUGUGACACGCGUUGAUGACAAGCUUGAUCUUAAAAUGUUCGUGGGGACAUGGAACGUGGGAGGGAAGUCGCCACAUGAAGGACUAGACUUAAAAGAUUGGCUUAAAUCUCCCGCCGAUGCCGACAUUUACGUGCUAGGGUUUCAAGAAAUCGUGCCGUUAAAUGCCGGUAACGUACUUGGAGCAGAGGAUAAUGGUCCUGCGGCUAAGUGGUUGUCUCUUAUCCGAGAAGCCUUGAACAACAACAACGACUUAGCUCAAAAUGAGCUCGAACUUGUUAAAAAUCAUAGAACCUCCUUCGAACUUACGAAAUCAUCACAACAGCCCCGUUUCAGCUUCUCAGGUCUCUCAGAUGAUAACCGAAUAAUUCCAUGCAAUUCGACUCCUCCUCGUGGGUAUAGCCUUGCGGCGAGUAAACAGAUGGUGGGGAUAUUUUUGUGUGUGUGGGUUAGAGAUGAUCUCCGGAAACGUAUAACCAACCUCAAGGUUUCAUGUGUUGGCCGUGGUAUCAUGGGAUAUCUUGGAAACAAGGGUUCGGUAUCGAUCAGCAUGUCGUUGCAUGAAACAAGUUUAUGCUUCGUUUGUACGCAUCUUACGUCUGGAGAAAAAGAAGGCGACGAGCUCAGAAGAAACUUAGAUGUGUCCGAAAUAUUUAAGAGGACAAGAUUUUCACGUUCUUCUAAAGAUUCUCGACCGGAGACAAUUAUGGACCAUGAUAAAGUAAUAUGGCUCGGAGAUUUGAAUUAUCGGCUGAGCGCGAGCAGUGACGUGCAUGAACAGCUUAGAAACCAUGAUUGGGAAGCACUUCUAGAGAAAGAUCAGCUUAAGAUAGAACAAAGAGCUGGUAGGAUUUUUAAGGGAUGGGAAGAAGGGAAGAUUUAUUUCGCACCAACAUAUAAAUAUCGAAUAAACUCUGAUAAUUACGUUGUUCAAACCGAAAAAUCAAAGGAAAAACGAAGAACUCCGGCUUGGUGUGAUAGGAUAUUGUGGAAAGGUGACGGAAUGAAACAACUUUGGUACGUGAGGGGAGAGUCGAAAUUCUCGGACCAUCGACCGGUUCAAUCUCUAUUUUCGGUACAUAUUGACUUGACUCAGAAUCAAUCGAACCGGAAAACUAAACCCGUUAACCAAAAUCAUCGUCCCAACCCGGUAUUGCCUUAUACGUGCCACGGGAAAGUUCAAGCUGAAGAGAUCUUGUUACUCACACGUGCACAGAGUUGUAUAGAUACACAACCUAGACUUAUAUCGUCUGCUUCCUAAUUUA